UUUCCACAGCUUUCUUUCACAUAAGGGCAUUCGUAACGGAUUUCAGAACUCUACUCAGGAUUUCUGUAUAUCAAUGCUAUCAGUAAUUACUGGUCCCAGAGAACAAGAAUGACAGGUCAGGCAGAAGAGGUGCAGUCGUGCUUCGUAACUACAAUAUCCGCAUUGGAAACCGGUUUCGAGAGCAUCAUACGAUCCAGGCCUGUGAGCUUCGUAGCUGGCAACUCUGAGACUGAAUAUGUGCUCCAUGAUGGUGUCGUGGCACGCUUAUCGAAACCCCUCAAUGUUCUUGUCAACGGGAUGUUGAAGGAAGCAAGAGAUAGGCGCGUUGAAUGGCCCGAAGUGGAUGAACAAACCUUUAUACGGUUCAGCCAAUGGGCAUAUACGGGGAUAUACUUUGCCGCCGAUCCUGAUAUCGUGCUGUAUCCUUCCGACAUAACUGCCGCCCUGGCACAUGAUACGGCAGAGACUGGAGAUCCUGUACACAUGGAGAAGGUAGUAGCCACUAAUCAAUCAAAUGCGCUACCAGCCAUACCACAGGAUAAUGCGGAAAAACCAACUCCUUAUUCCCUGGCUUCUUGCCUACGAAAUGCCCUAGGUGCGGCACCUAUGACCUGCAGUCGAGGUCAUGCAUUCGGGGUUGUUCCGACGAUCGACAAAUUAUGUGAUAAAUGCUCAAGAAAUUUCAGAGUAGCAAUCUGCUCCCAGAAGCUGACACCCACCCGGAAGCUUGAUACAUGCGGCUUGCCGCAAUAUUCUGUCUGUGUGAAAUGUAGGGAAAGAUUGAGGGACUCAAAAAGGCUCCUGAUGGCCACGAAAUUUGUCUAUCCGACGCCUGCACGACCAUUUCAAGCAAGGCCAAACCGAGAAGCAGCAGAGGACUACAGUGAAGUCUUCUUUUCCCAUGCCAAGUUGUAUGUUGUCGCAGAUAUUUACGACAUAACAUUACUUGCUAAACAAACUUUGCACAACCUUGCAACAACGCUGGAACAGUUCACUCUUUACAAGAAACGGAUUCGCGACGUGGUGAUAUUAGUCGAAUAUGUUUUCAAAAACACACAAAAGAAGGAUGCGAUGCGUGACCUCUUGGUACAUUAUGCCGCAUGUUUUAUUGAGGAGCUCAACGAGGACGUCGAUUUCAAAUGUACACUUGAAAACUGUCCGGAGUUUGCGUCGGCUUUGAUAGCAAAGAUGAUUGAGCGAUUGGAUUAGCGCAUUGGAAUGCUUCAGAGGCGGUGCAGCUUUCCGUACGCGUUUGUUGUAUUGCUAGUUCAAUCUUCCAUAUUGAAUUACCACAGACAUACGCAAAUUA